CGUCGGCAGCGCACCAAAUUGACUUGACGGGGGCCGUCCAAGGUGAAUGGUCAAUAAAAAACAAAGAGGUAUAUGUCAUCGUGACAUUCUCAAAAUCAAAAGCCAUUUGCAGACACAUAUUACAAGCUAUUGAAAACGGAAAAACACACAUACAGGCAAGAAUGGAGGGGGAAAUCAAGAACUUGAUCAAGGCAUCUGUCUCAGUUUUGGCAUCUUUAAUCUACUGUCAUUUCAUAUCAUCCAAGAUCCCAAAGGGUAAGCUUAGGCUUGUCUCUCUCCUUCCCAUUUUCUACCACUUCAUAACCCUUCCUCUCUACUUCUCCUACUUAUUUCCAAAUGCUAUUGCCUCCUUGUUCAUCUCCUGGUUAGCCAAUUUCAAGCUUGCCCUCUUUGCCUUCGAUCACGGUCCGCUUUCAUGUGACCAGUCCAACUCCCUCCUUCAAUUCAUCUCUAAAGCUCUACUUCCCAUCAAAAUAAAGCAAAAUGAGAAGUACCCGUCUUCUCAAACACCCCAAAACUCACCGAAAUUAGCUCUGAAUUUGGCGACGAAAGUCUUGCUUUUUACCAUCUCAGUUGGCGUGAAUGAUUACAAGGACAGGUUUCACCAAAAAUUGGUCCUUGCUUUAUACUGUUGCAUGGUAUACUUGUCGGUCGACAUAAUUUUUGGCGUAUUCAACGCUACGGUACAUGCCAUACUACACAUGGAGCUAGAACCACCGUCCAAUGAGCCUUAUUUGUCAACAUCUUUGCAAGAUUUCUGGGGCAGAAGGUGGAACCUCAUGGUAACAAACCUACUGCGCCAUACCGUAUACAAACCCGUGAGGUCUUCUUUGGGAUCCUUGCUAGGUCAGUGGGCCCCGCUCCCGGCAGUGGCGGCUUCUUUCCUAGUCUCCGGUCUCAUGCACGAGCUGCUAUUUUACCGCGUCACACGAGCAAGCCCUUCAUGGGAAGUCACGCUGUUCUUUGUGCUGCAAGGGGUGUGUUUGGUGGUGGAGCUUGCUAUGAAGAGGUGGUUUGGGGGUAGAUGGCAGCUGCAUUGGGCGGUUUCAGGGCCAUUGACGGUGGGGUUCGUAAUGAUGACAGCCAUGUGGCUAUUCUUUCCGCCACUAGUUAGAUCGGGUGCCGACGAACAUGCCAUCGAGGAGUGCAAGAUGUAUUUUCACUUUGUGAAAGAAGAGGGGCUAAAAUGGAUAGGAAAGUUAAUUUGAUGCUGUAUUUCUUACUUUGCAUAAAAUUGUAUUUAACCUCUUUUUUGACUUUUGUGUUGGGAAACUUUAUUAGUGUGGGAGAGGAUCAUUCUUCCUUUCUU